UGAGGUACGGAUCAAGGUCCAGUGGGAGCAGACGUGCCCACUUUUCUACGUUGCGCACUUCUGAUAUUAAGGCAAGUCUCCUGACCUUCAGCUGAAACUGAAUAUGCAAAUGCGACUUUGAUUGUAUCAUCCAAAGGCGUUAUAUUCUCACGCUGAGUGGCAGAGUCUUCAGUUCAGAAAUGGUGCUACAAAGGGUUUUUCGGGCUGUCAUCAUGGGACCCCCAGGGUCGGGGAAAGGAACGAUAUCGGAGCGCAUAACGAAAAGUUUUGGACUCAAACAUGUUUCAAGUGGAGACAUCUUAAGAAACAACAUGAACGCAAAAACGGAGCUGGGUCUGCUGAUGAAGGCCUGUAUAGAUCAGGGUCAGUUGCUUCCUGAUAAUAUGAUGGCUCGACUCAUCCUUCAUGAUCUCCGGGCACUGGGCAAUGAAAGCUGGCUGCUGGAUGGGUUCCCCCGCACAAUCCUUCAGGCUGAAGCUCUCGAUGAUGCAUACAGUGUGGACACAGUCAUCAACCUCAAUGUUCCAUUUGAGACCAUCAAAAAGAGACUGUCCUCACGAUGGACGCACACUCCCAGUGGGAGAGUGUAUAACAUAGAUUUCAACCCACCCAAAGUCCCUGGUUUGGAUGAUGUGACAGGGGAGCCUCUGGUCCAGAGAGAUGACGACACUCCACACACAGUCUCACGCAGACUUAAGGCCUACGAAAACCAGACAGAACCUGUCCUAGAAUAUUACAGAAGUAAAGGUGUGUUGCAAACCUUUUCUGGGACAGAAACCAACAAGAUCUGGCCACAUGUUGAGGCAUUUCUCCAGCGAAAACUCACCAUACUCAGUAAAAAAGUAGCUUAAGGGAGUUACAAAGGCCAUUAGGGACACUAACAUGCAGAACAACUCCUGUGCAUUGUCUUCUUUCUGAUAAGGCAAUAACACGCCCAAGUACUUGAUACCAGAAA